AUGGCGGAAGAGGGCAUGUCUAUCGUUCCCUACGGUUCUUCCAACUCUGGCGUUGUGCUACGCCAUAAUGAUUCGGUCGUGGUCUACGAUCGGGAUGCCCAGCAGCUUGUACUUCGAACUGCCUCCGACGUCCAAGAUAACCUUGAAUUAGCUGAUUGUCCGUAUUGCCAUCGUCCGCUGCGCGAGAGCAAUGCAGGGCAGGAAGGCCACCAUGCUAGUCCUCGAUCACAGCCGGAAUUCAUCAAUCCGGAUUACUUCCGCAUGCUCAAUAGUUUGCCUAGUUCGGUGAAUUCGUCAAAUCCUCCUUCUCCGCGUCGGCGGUUCGCCCAACCUGCUCUCGCUGAUGGAUCGACAAGCGUGCCUGGAUCGUCUUCCAGUGGACCCCAGGGAAUAUCUUCAGCCGCAUUUAUCCCUGACUAUUUCAAGAAAUUCUUUGUUGAGGAACGAGUCCUUGGAAAGGGUGGUAAGGGCGUGGUCCUACUUGUGAAGCACGUGCUGGACGGGGUUUCCUUAGGACAUUAUGCCUGCAAGCGUGUCCCGGUUGGUGAUGACCACGAAUGGCUGGAGAAGGUUCUUGGGGAGGUCCAGCUAUUGCAGCAUCUGUCCCACCAGAAUCUUGUCUCCUACCGUCAUGUGUGGCUGGAGAAUGCCAAAAUCAGCACCUUUGGACCAAGUGUGCCAUGUGCGUUCAUCCUCCAACAAUACUGCAACGCGGGCGAUCUCCACAAUUACAUCUGUGGUUCGAUACAAAGUCAGACGACCGCACAACAAUUGAAAGAGCGCCUUCGAAGAAAAUCCAAGGGAGCGCCCGAACCGCAAGUGGGCCUUGGUGGUCCUCGCAAGCUUAAUUUCGAGGAGAUCUACUCAUUCUUCAAGGAUAUCACUUCGGGUCUCCGCUACCUUCAUGUGAACGGCUAUAUUCACCGUGAUCUAAAGCCCAACAAUUGCUUGCUACAUGAGACAAGUGAUGGUUUACGAGUGUUGGUCAGUGACUUUGGCGAGGUCCAGGCACAAGAUUCCGCCAGAUUGUCGACUGGUGCGACGGGAACCCUCUCGUACUGUGCUCCAGAAGUUUUACGGCGAGAAUAUACAGGAGGACCAUUCGGCAAUUUCACGUUCAAGUCUGACAUCUUCUCCUUAGGGAUGAUUCUUCAUUUCUUGUGCUUUGCAGAGCUUCCUUACAGCAAUGCCGAUCUUAUAAAUGAGGAGAAGGAGGAUCUGGACCAGCUUCGAGAAGAGAUCACUCAAUGGACCGGCUUUGAUGAUGCUCGGAGACUACGACCAGAUCUGCCUGAGAAGCUAUACACAUUCCUUAAGCGCCUGCUAUCCGUGGAUCCGGAUAGACGGCCAAGUGCGGAUGAAGUAUUGAGUGGCAUCCAGGCCGGAGUAAACGGAAAUGAGCCUUUCCGCUUCAGGAGGUCCAGCUCUAAUGGUCCAGACUUACGCUCGAGCUCUCGAAUUCACCCAGUCGACAGCCCGAACCCCUCGUUACUGCCCCCAUCAGUCUCAGCGACAGAUGUCCUAUCCCGGAGUCCAGUGCCAAUGCGGCACAACCCUCCCCACGAAUCGAACAAUAUCAUGGCUGCCCCAGAUAGUGACCCACGGAGAAGACCCUCACUCAGUCCUGAGCAAGAGCUGAUUAUCCGGCCAAGGAUCUCUGCUGCUGCACACUCUCCGCCACAGGAUCAGGAUGAUUUCAUGGAGCAAACAGAGGAACAAGAAUCUUCACCUCAUUUACUUCCUCCUCCACCGGCCCGCCCUAUUUUGACCAGGUUAUUCAUCCUCGCGUCAUCUCAACAGCUGCCUAGGGUGCCGGUGCUCCCUCUGGCUUUUUUUUUCGUGAAGGUGGUCUCCGUUCUCCAGCCGUGCGCACCUCUGGCGGUCACUCCCUGGGUUCUUUAUCCGUUGCUUCUGCUGGCGGGCUUCGUCCUGAGGUCCCGCAGUCUCUUGGGACAAGUUAUCGCCCUCGGUUUGCAUCUCGUCGUCGUGAGCUUGAGCAUCCGUAUGGACAGAUUAUGUCUCUGGCACGCCCCGGGAGAAGUAGUACUUGUCUGA